UCUAGUUGCCAAAAUUUGCCAAAAAGAAAACAUUUAUCUGUUAUCUCUCCUUUCGCGUGUAGCAGUUGCAAAUCUGAUAAGAAAAUAUUUUUUGGAAACAGUUUGUUCAAUUCAAUUUGUAUCUCUGAAAAAUCAAUUUUUUUCCCCUCAGUUCUAAGUCUAUUAUAAUUUUACAAAAUAUUGAUUUUUCCGGUUAACCUAACUUUUGCACACGUGUGAUUUUUCUUCUACGAUUUCUUUGUUAUCAAUAGCAAGAUGGGUGACUCAAAGACAAUUUCACUUGAAGAUGGUAUGUCUGCAGAAGAGAUGAUUUCCACAGGAAAUGGUUUGACUUACAAUGAUUUCAUCAUAUUACCAGGAUUCAUAGACUUUGCCCCAGAUCAAGUUGAACUUACUUCUCCCUUGACUAGAAAAAUUAAUUUAAAAACUCCCCUUGUGUCAUCCCCAAUGGAUACUGUUACAGAGGCAGAUAUGGCUAUUGCUAUGGCAUUGUGUGGAGGUAUUGGAAUAAUACAUCACAACUGCCUCCCAACCUAUCAAGCAAAUGAAGUAUUGAAAGUGAAGAAAUACAAGCAUGGGUUUAUUCAUGAUCCUGUAGUGUUGUGUCCUACAAAUACGGUUGCAGAUGUGCUCCUAGUGAAAAAAGAAAAAGGUUUUUGUGGUAUUCCAAUAACGGAAGAUGGAAAGCUAGGUGGUAAACUUGUAGGAAUAGUAACAUCAAGAGAUAUUGAUUUUGUUGACGAAGAAAAUGGAGAUGGGAUUAAGCUGGAAACUAUUAUGACUAAAUUGGAUAACUUGGUAACUGCACAAGCUGGUGUUACUCUGUCUGAAGCAAAUGCUAUAUUAGAGAAAAGCAAGAAAGGCAAAUUACCGAUAGUAAACUCUUUGGGGAAUUUGGUCGCUUUGAUGGCUAGGACAGACUUGAAAAAAGCAAGAAGUUAUCCUAUUGCUUCGAAAGAUGAUAACAAACAAUUAAUAGUUGGUGCUGCCAUUGGCACUAGAGAAGAAGACAAACAUAGAUUGAGUCUGUUGGUACAUGCUGGUGUUGAUGUUGUGGUACUUGACUCCUCUCAAGGAAAUUCAACAUACCAGAUAGAAAUGAUUAAAUUCAUUAAAAAAACUUAUCCAAAUUUACAGGUUGUUGGUGGAAAUGUUGUUACGAUUAAACAAGCUAAAAAUCUGAUUGAUGUUGGAGUAGAUGCUUUAAGAGUAGGUAUGGGAAGUGGUAGUAUUUGUAUCACCCAGGAAGUUAUGGCAGUUGGUAGGCCUCAGGCUACAGCAGUUUUCAAGGUGUCUCAGUAUGCUAAGCAAUUUGGGGUACCUGUAAUUGCAGAUGGAGGAAUUGCUUCAAUAGGACACAUAAUUAAGGCAUUAGCUCUUGGAGCAUCAACAGUAAUGAUGGGUUCUCUACUUGCUGGAACUUCGGAGGCCCCUGGUGAAUAUUUCUUCUCUGAUGGCGUGAGACUGAAGAAAUACAGGGGUAUGGGUAGUAUUGAAGCUAUGGAUAGGAGAGAUGCUAUGGGUUCAGCAAUGAACAGAUAUUUCCACAAUGAAGUCGAUAAAAUGAAAGUUGCCCAAGGAGUAAGUGGAAGUAUUGUAGACAAGGGUUCUGUGCUUAGAUUCGUACCAUAUUUGCAGUGUGGUAUAAGACAUAGUUGCCAAGAUAUUGGCACAAGAUCCCUGCAUGGUCUUAGAAAAAUGAUGUAUGACAAAGAACUAAGAUUUGAGCUCAGGACUGAAUCAGCUCAGUUGGAAGGAAAUGUACAUGGAUUGUUCUCAUAUGAGAAGAGAUUAUUCUGAGGAACAAUACAUUCCAUAUAGAUGGAGUUGGUCAUUUUUCAUUAAUCUCGUUUGUCAAGUACCAUGACAUGAAAUAUCGAAAUUAUCUAAUUUUCUAGGAAUUCAUUUUGAAAUUCACGCGACGAAAUUAAUUGUCAACUUACAAAAUUUUAAAUUAAGUUUUUCAAUUAUUAAGUCCUUUUAGGAAGGUAAUAAUAUCUCUGUUUUCAAAAAGAAGUUUUGUAACUAAAGGGUCGUCAUAUACAUUAUUACCUUUAUCUGCAUUAAUUUUGAUUUCUAUAUUCAAAGUAAUUUUUGUUUCUUGGCCGUGAAGUGAGUUGGAAGUAAUAAUGCCUUCCUUAUGCAUUUUUUUUUCAUAUGAUAUAGAUUUCAGUAGUUGAUAAUUAGGUCAAAAGUUGUCCAGUAUAAAUGGAUUAUAAGCUAGAUCUUUGAAAUCUUGCUGGACACAAUUUGCCCGUGUUGAAUCGAGGUAGCAUUAUGUUCCUUAUCGUAAGUGUAGCUUCUGUGUCUGUUUAUAGGUCUCUAAAUUCUUGUAUAAGAAGUUUAGUUAGAGGCUACUGCCUUAGUAAGUAACCAAUAAUUUCCCAAAUAACCAUUGUAAUGUUGAAAGAUUUGGGAAAAACUGUAUUUUGCAUAUAUUGAAGGUAAUAAGUGAUGUAAGCAAUUUGAUAUCUUUUUUGAUCAACCUUUUUUAAAUUAAGAUGGAAUUUCAAAAUAUUGCUGGAUACUCUUGGUUUUAUAUUUUAGAAAUCUCUAUAUUUCGAAUACUAAGCAUUAUCCGACAGGAUAUUUAUGUGGAAAUAUUUUAUUGUUAUAUUAUAAUUGAAAGUCCUUAUUGGAGAAUAUGAAUUAUAGUUUUUGGUAUUGUAUGAUGAGAUUUUUCGUGAGAAAAGAUUUGGAAAAUUAUUUUACGUGAUAUUUUCACAUGUUAUUUAAUUGCAAUUAUUAUUAAUUGAACCAUCACAUAUAUUGUAUAAUUAAAACUUCAAUUGUAAAUACUGAAUAAAAGCAAAUAUUUUUGUAUAAACCAACUGAAUUGUGCCACUACUGAAAUUUGAGAUAUUUUUAUAUUAGGUUUAUUGAUGAAAUUAUUCCAUAUCGAAAUAAAGUACAGCAGUUAUAAUA